AUGAAGGUCUUCUUUAUUACUCUCGCCCUUGCUUCCUCUGCCAUCGCGGCGUCCAUCGCUACUAGAGACAGCACCUGCAAAAGUGACCAGGUUGUUGUUUGCCAAGGCAAUGGCAAUGCCGGCCUGAUAUCUCUUGGUAAUAUCGCCACUGGCCUGCUGGGCGAGAGUUGCUCUGGCGGCGAUGUCUACUGCUGCUCCGAGAAAGAUGUCGAACAGGUACGAUGCAAUUGGAUUCUUCACUUCAGUGGGCGAUCUGGUGAAGCUGACUAG